CAACAAUAAUAAAUAAUAAAUUGUAAAUGGUUCCAGAAUAGGGGAAAAAAGACUGGAAUAUUUGGGAGAAACGAUAACGAAACAAUAAUAAUAAGUUAUAUAGAGUAAAUUGGAUUCUGUUACUCUUGCUUUCUUUUCCCACAGAAGACGAAGAUCGAACCAAUCUCCUUCCGUUUUGUGUAGAACCAACCAUUCAUCCAGCGAUUCCAUGGUGGCGAGAGGCGUGCCGGCGAUGACGUUGGCGGCCGUGGCCGCCCUUGACUUAACGAAAUCCUCCCACUGGUGGCGGGACAUCAACGAGUCUCCGCUCUGGCAGGAUCGCAUCUUCCACCUCCUCGCCAUCCUCUACGGAAUCGUCGCGGCUGUCGCUCUGGUUCAAUUAGUGCGAAUACAAUUGAGAGUGCCAGAAUAUGGUUGGACCACGCAGAAGGUCUUUCACUUUCUCAAUUUCUUGGUGAAUGGGGUUCGGUGUUUUGUUUUCGUCUUCCGUCGGGAUGUGCAGAAGUUACGGCCAGAGAUUGUUCAACAUAUCUUACUCGACGUCCCUAGUCUUGCUUUCUUUACAACCUAUGCUCUGUUAGUACUGUUCUGGGCUGAGAUUUAUUACCAGGCCCGCGCAGUAUCUACUGAUGGUCUCAGACCAAGUUUCUAUACUAUUAAUGCUGUGGUUUAUGUUAUUCAGAUUACUUUAUGGUUGAUAUUAUGGUGGAAACCUAUCAGUGUGCUUGUCAUCCUGUCUAAGAUGUUCUUUGCAGGGGUUUCUUUGUUUGCAGCCCUCGGCUUUCUUCUCUAUGGUGGGAGACUAUUCUUGAUGCUGCAACGCUUUCCUGUUGAAUCCAAAGGCCGACGGAAGAAGCUGCAAGAGGUUGGCUAUGUGACUACCAUAUGCUUUUCAUGUUUCCUUAUCAGAUGCGUUAUGAUGUGCUUUAAUGCAUUUGAUAGAGCUGCUGACCUUGAUGUCUUGGACCAUCCCAUUCUGAAUUUUAUAUAUUACCUGUUGGUGGAAAUAUUGCCUUCUUCUUUGGUCCUUUUCAUUUUGAGGAAGCUGCCACCCAAGCGUGGUAUCACACAAUAUCAUCCCAUUCGCUGAAAAGAUAGCAUAUGGAGAAAACUGAGUCAGGAUUUCCUUGGUGGUUCUAUGAUUUCUUUGAAGUUUCCCGCACACCAAGGAUAAUUUCUAGAGGACACAGAAGUCAGUCUUUCUUCUGUUGAGUGACAAAGCUAAUAUCAUUGUUUUAAUGUUUCUCCUAAGGUUUGUAGGUUUUCAAACGUGACAUUUUUAUGGAUUGUCAAACGUGGUAGAUUGUGUUAUAUAAGUGAUAUUUGCAUUGUCUCUAGGGAAAUGUGGUUGCCGUUUCAGUCAGAUUCAGCAAUUCAACUCAAUGAGCAACCUUUUUUGGGAGAAAAGGACACUGAUAUAUUGUAUAAUAGUUUUCAAGUCUUGUAACUGCUACAAGUUGGUGAAAUGUAUUCUUCCUUUUCAGUCACCUUCCUGCUAA